UGCUUUCUAAAACCCGAAUCUGAGCGAAACUCGGAGAACUUAUUCAUGUUCGGGUUUGAUCAUAGGCUAGAAAGCGGGGAUUAGGGCCGACUGGCCGACCUUGUUUGUACACAACUGAACAAAAGAAUGAGCUGUGGUUAUAAACAUAGUGUCGUCAACUAGACGAAGAACGUCCGAUAGCGCCACACGGCAAAGUGAUUACUGUGAUUAGUCCAACAAAAAGUUUAUAAAGUACCAAUUUACGUAUUGAGCUACACUACACUUCAUUCUUACCAGUGUCCAGUAUUGCACGAGGAGAGAAGAGGAGUGCAAAAAAUUCUAUCCUCCAGCAGCAUAAUAAAUAUCACUUCUAUUUAAAGUGCCCAAAGCCCAAAACUUUAUAUGCAUUUGGACAUUGCAGUUUGUUAUCUAUCUUGUUUCGCUGUACACUGCCAUAUCUCAGCAUAAGAACUUGUGAGCUGAGAUAUAUACUAAAAAAAACAUACUAGUAUAUACUGUAGCUUAUUUGGUGUUAAGAAGUAGCACAUAGCUCGUGCAAACAUGUGGCCUGGACAAGAGAACCCCCCAAUUGUUCAGCAACCUGGUUUUAAUCCCAAUUUCCCCACGGCACCAGGUCAGCCAUACCCCCCACAACAGUUUCCUAUGCAUCAAUAUCCCCCACAGCAAGGAUACCCUCCACCCGGACAGCCCAUAAUGUACCCUCCACCAGGGCAACCCAUGAUGUACCCUCAACCACAGCAGCCCGGCCCUUACAACAAUUAUCCCCCACAACAACCAGGGCAAAUGUACCCCCAACAAAUGCCAUAUGGCCCUCAGCAACCCAUGAUGGGACAGCAGCAACAACAAGGAGGUGGGAUAAUGGGGAAGGUCAUGGGCGUCCUUAAUGACGUUGUGGACGUAAACCCAAUGAAUUCCAUGCAUUCCACCGGGAAUAUGAUAACAGGAUACAAGUCCCCACCAGUCAUGCCAUUUGGUCCUGUGGAUGGCUGCCCAAUGGGACUUGAACUCCUCUUGGAAACUGAACAUUUGCUUGUUAAACAGCAAACGGAAAUUAUGGAAACAUUACUGGAACAAGUUGGAAUUCCGUUGGAAACUCCCAAUCGGUACGACAUUAUGAAUACGGCUGGAAACCGUAUUUAUUUUGCUGCGGAGACUGGCGGACUGCUCAGUAUGCAGUGUGCGGUUUCCGGUCCAACUCGAAGCUUUUCGAUCUGUGUGAAUGAUUUCUCGGGUCGUACAAUUCUUAAUAUUGAGCGAAGCUGGAGUUGCCUGUUUUGUUGCUUGAGUACCUGUAAUUGUUUUGGAACAACCGGAUCGGAAGUGAAAGUUAGUCUUGCGGAUGGCAGCUAUUUGGGAAGGAUCAUUCAAAAAUACAACUUUUGGUCUCCACUUUUGGCUGUUGAGGACGAUGCUGGAAACAGAGUUGCAGAGAUCACUGGACCAAGUUGUGGAGAUUGCUGUUGUGCUUGUUGCUGUACUGGACAAUGCGGAUGUGACGUCCAGUUUAAAGUGCGAACGUCGGAUGGUCAAGAUAUUGGAGCCAUAACGAAAAAGUGGUCAGGAUUUUUUCAAGAACAACUCACAGACUCGGACACCUUCGGGGUCAACUUUCCAAGAGAUAUGGAAGUUCGAGCAAAAGCCAUGAUGCUGGCUGCCGUGUUCUUAAUCGAUUUUAUGUUCUUCGAAUCCAACCCGCACGUCAACCGUAAUGAUUAGAAAACCAAACUCCAUAUGGUCUCCAAAUCUGGGACGAUACUGCGAUUCCAUGAAUUACUUGUUGGUCUGCAUGUGAGUGCCUGCCUAUUUAUGAAAUAAUAAUAUUUAUGCUUUGGUCCACCACACUGCUACAAAUUGUUCAAAUUGCUAAAAUUAUCUUGAGAACUUAAAGUGCAUACUGACUUGCACGCUAAAUCUUUCAAAUGUUUACUCAAAUGUGACUUAUACCAAUGUCCAAUAGUUUUACUUAUUUUGAGAAUAAUUGUUAUACAGAGAUACUGAUCUAUAGCCAAAAAAUACUCCAGAAGUAAUCAAUUUGGUUUACUCCAAACAAAGGAACUUAAGAACACACAACUCUACGCAAAACUAUAUACCAAGUAUUUAUUUUAUUUCAUGUGAAUCUCAUAGAUUAUGUAUAUGAAUUUAUGUUUAUGAAUACUGAUAAGUGCAUAACAGACGUCUAUUUGCAGUGAUACUGCUUAUAAUAAAAUAAGUAUUUCAGCAUUUUGCCAAGCUUCGAAAUUAUUAAAAUAAAAUUCAUUACGGUCCUCCUUCUCGUCAA